AUGGGUCUCGCCGCUUCCUCCUUCCGCCGCCGACCGGAGAAGCUGCUCCCCGACUCGGCGCUCGCCGGCGUCUUCCGCCGCUACGACGGCGACGGCGACGGCCAGAUCUCGUCGGCGGAGAUGCGCGAGCUGUGCGGGUGCACCGACGCCGAGGCGGAGGAGAUGGUGGCGGCGGCGGACGCCGACGGGGACGGGCUCGUCAGCAUCGAGGAGCUCGGGGCGCUGAUGGUGGAAUUGGAGACGGAGGGCGGGGAGCCGUCGUCGGACGCGCUGCAAGAGGCGUUCGCGGAGUACGACGAGGACGGGGAUGGGGUGAUCACCGCCGAGGAGCUGGGCCGGGCGCUGCGAAGGGUGCUGGUCGGCCAGGGAGAGGAGGAGCUGACGGCCGAGCAGUGCUCCCGGAUGGUGGCGGCCGUGGACGCGGAUGGAGAUGGGGUCAUCUCCUUCGACGAGUUCAAGGCCAUGAUGGCGUCGUGAUCGAUCUCCGUAACUCCGUUCGUGCUGUGCGCUGCUGCUUUCUUCUUGGAUGCACGUAAGCAGCCACUGUUUUGGUUAUCCGCUAAGAACU